AUGAACCUGAAUGUCUCGACCAACUUCUUCAUUCUGGCGCUGGCAGUUCUUCAGGGAUCCGUUCAAGCUCAAAGUGACAACCCCUGUGAUGGAGUCACUUGCAGCAACAAGGGUUUCUGCGUUCCUAGCGAGCUAUACAACAAUGGCUACUGGUGCGAGUGCGAUGAGGGAUGGGUUGGCCAAAACUGUGGCCACCCACAGCCGUCAGUCGUCUGUGGCGAUGCUGAUAUUUCGAUCACCAUUGACACAGGCAUUGUCGAAGAGCUAAAUCUCUCCACCGAAGCGGACUUUGUCUACUUCGGUAACUCGGACCCGCAAGGGACCUCUGAAGAACAUUCGAAAUGCAGCGCCAGGCUCGAGAAUGGCAAAUUUGAGCUCAAACUUGAUGCGCCAUUCUUGAGUUGCGGUACUCAAGUCAUCUCGAAAGAGAAUGACGACUUCACGUUCAGUAAUACUGUUGUUUGGAACUCUAUGGUUAACAGUACCAACAUCAACCGAGAACUUGUCCUCCUGGAUUUCAAAUGUAUUUACCAAGACGAAUACACCGUCGCUCCUGGCGAUGCUAUUCCAACGUUAAGUACACUCCAAGUCAUCACCAACAAAGGUUCUUUCUCCGUUGCGAUGUCUAUCUACGAAGAUAACACGUUUGCUCCGGAUAAAGAAUACAUCAGCUCGCCUAGUAUCGGAAUCGGUACUUACGUUUACACCCAAGUCGAGCUGGAGAGUGUUGAAGAUCCCAAUCUCGUAGUAACGAUGGACCAGUGUUAUGCAACUCAAACGUCUGACCCUGCCGAUCUUACUACCGCCAAGCAUUUCCUCAUCCGAGACAGAUGUGCGGAUAACGAUCCAACAGUUGAGAUCUACUCUAAUGGUGAAAGCCACCAGUCAAGAUUUAAAUUCCAAAUGUUUAAAUGGAGAUGGAGUGGUGACCCCCUUUUCUUGCAUUGUGAAGUUGAUAUUUGCAACAAGUCAACUGAAGAGUGCACAUCACGUGACCAAGCGGGAUGCAGUGGAGAAGGUUUGGAGAGAAACCGGAGAGAUUUGGAGAUUGAACCAACGAUGGAAUCCGAUAUGAAGGUCUCCAACCGAGUCCUGACUAUGGGUCCCUUGAUGGUCGCUGUCAACGAUCUGCUCGUUGAGACUUCUUCGAGUCGACUUGCUGAUGAAGUCGAUGUCACGAUGAUGUAUCUCGGGCUCUCCCUCGGUGUUGUCUUGGCCGUUCUAGGUGCAAUUGUGGGCGCUAUUAUCAGAAAGAGACGACAACUGUCAUCCAAGAUGGCAGAUGCAGAACGAUCCAAUCGGCUUACUCAAUUACGUUUCGUUCGCGAAGCGUUCUAA